AUGGCGGUUUUAUCAAUGGAUUCGUUACCUCUAGGGUUUCGGUUCAGACCGACGGACGAAGAGCUCAUCAACCACUACCUAAAGCUCAAGAUCAACGGUCGUAAUUCCGAGGUCCAAGUGAUCCCCGAAAUCGACGUUUGCAAACGGGAGCCUUGGGAUUUACCCAAGCUGUCGGUGAUAAAGUCAGAUGAUCAAGAAUGGUUCUUCUUCUGCCCCCGGGAUAGGAAAUACCCAAAUGGCCAUAGGUCUAACAGAGCCACUGAUGCUGGCUACUGGAAGGCCACUGGUAAGGACAGGACCAUCAAGUCCCGCCAGUGCAAGUCUGCCUCCAACAGCACUGGCCAAGUUGGGAUGAAGAAGACCCUGGUUUUCUACAGAGGUCGCGCUCCCAGGGGCGAGCGCACCAGCUGGAUCAUGCAUGAGUAUCGUGCCACUCAGAAGGACCUUGAUGGCACUGCUCCUGGGCAGGGUGCCUUUGUUCUGUGUCGCUUGUUCCAUAAGCCAGAAGAGAAGGCUGAUGUACUAAAGUAUGAUGAAGUAGAACAAACUGGCUUAUCUCCUACCACAACUAAGUCUUCUCCUGACGAGACAUCCUCAGAUGUAGUUCAGGAAACAGCUACACCUGAUAUGCAAGGUGAAAAGCAAUCAGAAAGUAUCAUGAGGUGGUGGAAUGAUAAAUCUGAUAACAUGAGCUCUGAUGCUCUGCCUCCGGUACCUGGUGACAGUUUUAUGGCCUCGGAUGUGGAAGAUCCUGGAGCAGAAGAAACAGGCAUCCAGGGGCAUCUCCUAAAGGAAGAAAAUCAAGUGUUCGAUGAACCCUUCAGUGGCCAGAUUGAUUGCAAAGUCUUUUCGCCUUUGCAAUCGCUGAUUAACUCUGAGCUAGAACAUUACGUGGGUUCACCUUUUACCAGUGACUUUGGCAAUUACAACAAUGGAUUCCAUUUUCAGGAUGGCACAUGUGAACAGGAUGUAGCCUUCCCAGAAUUUUUGGAUGAGUUUGGCAUUAACCCUUAUGAGAGUUCCUGUGAGGAGUCAACGAGUCAGAAGAACUUGGUGGUUGGAAACGAGACCUAUCUAUCUGGUCAGUCAUGCAUGCUACAGACCACACCACCAGGAAACUCAUGUCUCGAUGGUGCAUGGGAUAACACAGACACCAACAUUGCCCAGCAUGAUCAGGAAGGGAGAGCUUCUGGCUUGUACAACAAGCAAUUUGAUGCCGAGGAUCUGCUGCAGAAAACCUCAUUGGGUUAUUACCAAGCUUCAGCUCAAGCAUCGCUGGAUAACCAAAAACCUAUAAUGGGAAAUAUGGCUGACAAUUAUUUUCCUCCUUCCGCAUUUGCUGAGCAGUUUCCUGUGAGUUCAGUAAAUGAUACGUUCAAUAGUUUGGAUGGAUCUACCAGUUGGAAGAAUUUUGAUAACCACAGUGGUGAUCAUGGUGGUCGAACUGCAAUCAAGAUUAGGGCCCGCCAUCUUCAACAACUACAAAAUUCGGGUAACUUUGUUGAUCAGGGCUGUGCUCCAAGAACACUCCUUUUAUGUGUGGACAAGCCUUCAUCUGGGUCAAUUGCCAAUGGCAACAUGGGUGAUGCAAACUAUAGGAAGGAAGAAGAUGAAGUCCAAUCAACUAUUACUGAGGCUAGAGAAGAUAUACGGCAGAGUCCUACCUCUGACGAACAGGAGGAUGAGCAUGCAAUAUUCAACAAUGGGGAAGAAUUUUCCAGUAGGAAGGAUUCUGUUAACCAUGGUUAUGAUCAGGUUGGUAGAACUAGAAUCAGGAUUAAGACUCGCCAGCCUCAACAACAAUCAAAUUCAGAAAAUUAUGUAACUCAGGGCACUGCUCCUAGAAGAAUCCGUCUCCAGAUGAAUAUUUCUACUGGGUCAGUUGUCGAUAGUAAUGUGAGAGAUAGGGAUGAUGUGGAAGAAGAUGAAGUACAAUCAACUAAUACUGACGCUAGAGAAGCCAUACAGCAAAGUCAUACCUCUGAUGAACAGGAGAAAGAGCAUGCGAAAAUCAAUAAUAAGGAAGAAUUAACCAGUAGGAAGAACUCUGUCAACUAUGGUUCGGAUAUUGUUGGUAUAACUGGAAUCAGGAUCAAGGCCCGCCAGCCUCAACAACCAUUAAAGUCAGAUGAAUCUGUAACUCAGGGCUCUGCUCCCAGAAGAAUCCGUUUGCAGAUGAAUCCAGUUGCUGAUAGCAAUGUGGGAGAACCAACCCCUGGGAAAGAAGAUGAAGUGCAGUCAACCAUUAAUGAGACCAGAGAAUCCACACAGAAGAUUCCUGAUUCCGAUGAGCAUGAUGCAGAGUGCCAUCUUUCAAAGUUGGAAGUGAACGGGAAAAUGGCUGAAGACUCGCCAGCAGAAAUGGUUGAUAAGAGCAGGGAAACUGCCGAAGAAGCCCCCGGAAAGUUGAAGCUAAGGACGGGUAGGGAUAUUUCAUUACACAGCAACCAUAUGGGGCUGUCAGUGGCUUCGAAGGCGCUGCCAAAACGCCGUGGCCUGAUUUCUACAUUUGUUAUUUCGGUCGGCAUUCCUUUAGCUGUAACCCUGUUCAUAGCUUUUAGUGGGAUUUGGAUAGCCUCAAGAUCUUGA